AUAGAUUAUUAAAUUAGCAAAUUUUGCUUUUAACAUCAUGUCAUUGAAAUUCACAAUUCAUUGUUUAGUUAAUGAGCAGGGCCAAAGUGAACUGUGUUGUAAAAACACAGUUGGUGAACAGAUGGUGAACUGUUUUUGCUCGUAUUUAUUAAUAGCACAUAGAUAACAAAUGCAAACCGACUAUAUCUACAGAAGUUAAUUAUGUAUUAAUAUUAUUUUUCUUAUAAUACAUCUAGAUAGGUAGCACUUUACAGUAAGGUUUCAUUUGUUAACAUUAGUCAACAUGAUGAACAAUAGGCUAGUUAUUAAGCAUAAUGAAUCUUAAUGUUAAUUACAACAUACAAAAUAAUCAAAAUAACUUUACAGAUCUUUAUUGUAAAGGGUUUAAAAAAAAAAUGUCCUUGCUUGUGUAACAGCUUACAGAUGGUUUGGCAAUUAAGGUCACAGUUAUUCAAUUUUAGGACACUAAAGAGACCUUUCUACUGACUCAAAAAGCCAAUAGAAAGAUGCCCAUGGUCCCUGCUCAUCUGCGCGAACAUGCCUUAGGUAUGCUGCAUGGAGGCAUGAGGACUGCAGAAGUGGCCAGGGCAAUAAAUAGCAAUGUCCGAACUGUGAGACGCCUAAGACAGCAAUACAGGGAGACAGGAAGGACAGCUGAUCAUCCUCGCAGUAGCAGACCACGUGUAACAACACCUGCACAGGAUUGGUACAUCCGAAUAUCACACCUGCGGGACAGGUACAGGAUGGCAACAACAACUGCCCGAGUUACACCGGGAAUGCACAAUCCCUCCAUCAGUGCUCAGACUGUCCGCAAUAGGCUGAGAGAGGCUGGACUGAGGGCUUGUAUGCGUGUUGUAAGGCAGGUUCUUACCAGACAUCACCAGCAACAACGUCGCCUAUGGGCACAAACCUACCUUCGCUGGACCAGACAGGACUGGCAAAAAAUGUCUUCACUGACGAGUCGCGGUUUUAUCUCUCCAGGGGUGAGGGUCGGACUCGCAUUUAUACCGAGGCCUGCACUCUGGAGCGGGAUCGAUUUGGAGGUGGAGGGCCCGUCAUGGUCUGAGGCGGUGUGUCACAGCAUCAUUGACUGAGCUUGUCAUUGCAGGCAAUCUCAACACUGCAUUACAGGGAAGACAUCCUCCUCCCUCAUGUGGUACCCUUCCUGCAGGCUCAUCCUGACAUAACCCUCCAACAUGACAAUGCGACCAGCCAUACUGCUCGUUCUGUGCAUGAUUUCCUGUUAGACAGGAAUGUCAGUGUUCUGCCAUGGUCAGCGAAGAGCCUGGAUCUCAAUCCCAUUGAGCAUGUCUGGUACCUGUUGGAUUGGAGUGUGAGGGCCAUUCCCCCCAGAAAUGUCUGGGAACUUGCAAGUUCCUUGGUGGAAGAGUGGGGUAACAUCUUGCAGCAAGAACUGGCAAAUCUGGUGCAGUCCAUGAGGAGGAGAUGCACUGCAGUUCUUAAUGCAGCUGGUGGCCACACCAGAUACUGAGUGUUACUUGUUCAGGGACACAUUAUUCCAUUUCUGUUAAUCGCAUGUCUUUGAAACUUGUUCCAGUUUAUUUCUUAGUUGUUGAAUCUUUUUAUGUUCAUACAAAUAUUUACAAAUGUUAAAUUGCUGUAAUAGUUAACAUUAGUUAAUGUACUGUAACCUAACUUGAACUCUCAAUGAACAAUUGUGUUUUUAUUAACUAGCAUUAACAAAGAUUAAUAAAUGCUGUAAAAAUAUAUGAUUGUUUGUUAAUGACAACUAAUGCAUUAACUAAUGUUAACAAAAGGAACAUUAUUGUAAAGUGUUACCCAUGUAUGUAAUACCUGUGUAAUUCCCUGUGUCAUAUGGACAGUAUGGGUCGUGCAAACCUAUUGUUAUAGCUGGCUCCGUGUGGAAAUCACCGCCAUCGUGGAAGAAAACAGCAGCUCAUGGCACCAGGCCUACACAACGUCGGGCGCCAGCCCACUUCCAGCACCACCCGAACACUUGUGCAAGGCCUGCGGAGGCCAGCUUGACACAGUAAGAACGCAUGUCUGCAUGGACUGCAAAAACAACUUCUGCUGCCACUGCACGGUGCAGAUGGAUCUCAGGCCACGGAUGUGCAACACCUGUCAGCGGCUCCAUUGCACCUUUUUUGAACGGGCAGAGUUAAUGCGGCUGAAGGUGAAGGACCUCCGUGACUACCUCCACCUGCAUGAGAUCCCCACACAGACAUGUAGAGAAAAGGAGGAGCUGGUGGAGCUGGUGCUGGCUCAACAGACUCCCAGGGGCACCAGCAGUGCUGACUCUGGUUCUCAUCCUACUGCACCUCCCAUGUCUUCUCAUCCGUUUGCUGAACCUGAGCCCCUAACAGAGGAGGAAUCGGAGGAUGAUGAGGAAGAAGAAGAGGGUGAGGAACUGGAUGAAGAUGAUGAGGAAGAGUCCACAGACAGUGAGGAGACACUGGCACACAGCAGAAGGGCCUCCCUUUCUGACCUGAGCAGCGUGGAGGACAUUGAAGGCCUCAGUGUGCGGCAGCUAAAGGAGAUUCUGGGUCGCAACUUCGUGAACUACCAGGGCUGCUGUGAGAAAUGGGAACUGAUGGAGAAGGUCACUCACCUCUUUAAUGAUCAAAAAGACCUUCACAACCUGGUUUCGAACACAAAAAAAGAAGCAGAUGACCCUGCUGAGCCCAGCGGCCAGGAGGAGAUCCUUUGCAAGAUCUGCAUGGACUCCCCCAUCGACUGCGUGCUGCUGGAGUGUGGCCACAUGGUCACAUGCAGCAAGUGUGGGAAGCGCAUGAAUGAGUGUCCCAUCUGCAGACAAUAUGUAGUUCGAGCCGUGCAUGUCUUCAGAUCGUGAAAUCCGGGUACAAAGAGACAAUUUACGUACAUUCUUCUAAAACACAAAACUUGUCUUAUCUCUGUCUAUGUUUACUCGAAUUCUUUGUAAUGUUCUUUUUUGCUGCAUCGUUUAAAUUUACAUUAUUUAUUGCACAUAUUAUUUUGUCAUUACUGCAUUAUGGUGUUGCAUCAAUAUUGCAAAUCAGUGUUAUGUAAUAUUUUCAAUUGAUUUGUUGACCUUUGCCCAAUAGCGGCUGAUAAGUUGCACUUUGAAAAUUAUUACUGAGGCAUUGUUGUUUAUCAACAUUGUUUAUUUACUUUCUAUUCAUAUUUGAACAUUUUAAUUUGUCUGUGUGUAAAUCAUAAGAUAAGCAAACAAAGUUUAAGCAAAGUUGAAUAAGAUAAAUUAUAUAUGUUCUUUAAUGAGAAGAGAGGUUAAGACAGCUUGGUGAUAAUCAAUUGACAGACCACUCUUUUAGUUUUCUUUAAAAAAAAAAUUACUUUGCUUAAUCACUCAAAAUGUGUGAUUUACUAAUAUAUUCACAAUACUCAAAGGUGUGGAAUACACUAGAACUUAGAAACUAGGAAUUUUGGGGAUUUUCCAAAGGGGUCAGAUGGUUCACUUUAUAUUUUCUUUGUAGCACUUUUUCUGAUGUUGUUUUUCUUCUGUUUGGCUGUGCAAUAGUUCACUUUGCCCUUAACUGCUUUCAAAUCAUUGCUAUAACGAAACCGCUUAAAGGAAAAGUUCACCUCAAAAUGACUUUGAGUCGCCCUCAUGCCAUCCCAGACAUGUAUGACAGAUUUUUAAAAGGAUAUUUCAGCUCUGUAGGUCGAAACAAUGCAAGUGAAUGGUGACCACAAAGUCCACAAAGUAAUCAAUACAACUUUAGUGGUGUAAUCCAUGUCCUCCAUCCAGAGAACAGACCAAAAUGUAACUUUUUUUUCACUGUACAUCAUGCCAUUGUAUACUCUCAGCAUGAUAAUGAGUUAAAGCUUGAUUAUAUUUCCUAGUGCGUGACAGAUUUUGGUCUGUUCUCACCCAUAACCGAUUGGAUUGCUUCAGGAGACAUGGAUUUAACCAAUGGAUUCAUAUAGAAUACAUUUAUGCUGCCUUUGUGCUUUUUUGAGCUUAAAAAUUUUGGUCACUAUUUGCUUGCAUUCAUACACAUCAGGGAUGGCAAGAGGGGAGUAAAUGAUGAGAUAAUUAACAUUUUGGGAGGAACUAUUUUUUAAGGAGAAAUUCCACUUGUUUAAGUGUUUUCUUUGCACUCUGUACCAGUGUUUUUACUCAUUUCCAGUGAGUAGGUGCUAUUUUCCGUCAUCGGACUGAGCUUGUUGUCAUUGCAAGCAAUCUCAACACUGUGCACUUCUUGUUCACAGAUUAUCCCACUUUUUGUCUCAUGCUUUUGUCUUGAGACCAUAACUUGAGAAUCUUGGGCAUAACCAGUUGCUUUCAAAUGACCAAGAGAUAAUUUUGGAUUGAGUAAAUGGCUUGACAUCUGCUUCAGUACAGUCUUUAACCUAUUACUAAAGAGACUAGUUCUCCACCAUCACUAGUUAUACUAACAGGUCAGUGUUAGUCACAAGGUGCUCAUUACUGCCAACAGUUACUGUUGUAUAAUAAAGUUCUCAAUUACU